GCAAAGUCGUCGACAUUUCUGCUGUGAAGUUUCAAAGUUUUCUGAAUGUCUUAAAAAGUUACUUUACAGUUAUUCAUAAGUGUUUUACCGUAGUAAUUAUCCAAUUUAUUAUGGCUCAAGUAGUUUGAAGUUGAAAAUAUGCGUGGAUUCGUUAUGAUGACGUCCUGAUCGGCAUAAAUAACUGUUUAUUGUUUUGUGUAGGUAGCCUAGCCACCUACACAGUGUAUGGUAUUGCGGAUUGUCCCAAUGUGAAAGUGUUUCGCAUAAAAUUUAGAUACCAUUGUUCGUAUCAUUCCGGGUUACUUGGGAAAAAGUGCAUUUGUGUGGCUUGCGUAACUUGGCGGAGUUAGCUAUGUGUUUUUCUCAAGUUUCGUAAGAGUUUAUGGGAAGACUUCGUAUUGAUUGACAAUUCUUCACGGAGAAGAUGAACGUGCCUUUGCAAGAGAAUGUUGCGCUGCUAUCGUCAGACGAGGGCGGCGGCAGCUCAGACACCCGCUCCGACAGCAGCGAGGACGAGGUCACGGAACACGUGCCGCGGUCCACGCCCCCACCAAUCAUGGCUGCCGCUAGAGCACAGGUGCCAACCAUCAGCGUAACGCCGCACAGUCCAGGCGUGCUGGAUGACAGCUUACAGCAACUCCGGAGGCUACAUGCGGCCGUACAGCGUAUGAGAGCGGCGCCAUUGCCUUUACUGGCAACCGGCAGCAGUAGACUCAGCACAUCAUGCCCGUCGCUGUGCAAAGAUGGCGCCCCGGAAGCAGAGUGCUCUUCACCCACACACCUGGACUUCUAUCCGCAGAGCAGGAAAGGCAGUGUGUGUCUAUCAGGCGAGUCGCGGCAAUGGGGCUUGUGGGAGCGCCGCGAUGAAGGCCGCAGGAGUUCCUGGGCGGCGCUCGAGCCCACCGCGCACAGGCAGCGGAAGGUCGAUGUUAAUGGGGACUGUGGGAGCGCCGUGACGAAGCCGCAGGAGUUCCUGGGCGGCGCUCGAGCCCACUGCGCACAGGCAGCGGAAGUAAGUGCUGCUGGAUUGUGA